AUGCCAGAGAGCGCUGCUGCGUCUGCCCCGUUUGAGGGGCCAGAAAAACUCCUCGAGAUUUGGUUUGCGCCAUCCGCCAACGAUGUUCCAGACGCAAGCGACCCGACAGAAGACGGUCGGACAGGCCUCCGGAAGGUCAAGCGAGAAAUCUGGGAAGAAAUGCUCGAUAUUGUCCGGUGCAAAAUUCUUUCCGUUAUCGACGGCUCAGAAGUGGAUGCCUACCUCCUCAGUGAAUCAUCCUUUUUCGUGUCGCCACACCGGCUGAUCCUAAAGACCUGCGGGACGACGCUAAACUUGCUCGGUCUCCCGCGGAUCCUCGACAUUGCGUCGUUGCAGUGUUCCAUGAGCACCGUGUUCCGUGUCUUCUAUUCUCGCAAGUCGUUCAUGUUCCCCGAACGCCAGCAAGGCCCCCAUCGCGACUGGAAACAGGAAGUAGAGUUCCUUGACGGCAUCUUCCAGAACGGCGCAGCCUACACCGUUGGCAAAGUGAACGGGGACCACUGGUUGCUGUACAUGACCAUCUCCGAUACUGCGACCAUCCCUGCAUCUCCGUCCCCUCCACUCGCCCUGCAUGUUCAGGACUCUACGAUAGAGAUUCUGAUGAGCGAUUUGGCGUCACCAGCAUGCCAGCCCUUCCAUUACGAUCAGUCACUGUCAACUUCUGACCCAAUUCCCUCCAGUCACGCGCAGCAAAUCUCUGCUCAUCUGGGCAUAUCAGAUAUCUUUCCACCGCAUUUGACAGUUUUGGACGCCUACUCGUUCUCUCCAUGCGGAUACUCCUGCAACGCCUUGAUCAAGUGGGCCCAUCCCAAGCCCUCUAACAGCCCCGUGCCAACUUCACAAGUCCAAGAAGGGGAAGGGUACUACACUAUCCAUGUUACACCAGAGGAAGGCUGGUCUUACGCUAGCUUCGAAUGCAAUAUCCCCCUUUCCCACCGAUCCCCUUCAGAUCCCACUCCAACCAGCGCGGAGACAAUGCCAGACCUCGUGGCACUGGUCCAACGCGUGGUUCGCAUAUUCCAACCCGGGAGAUUGAGCUUGACUUUAUUUAUCUCAAGUCAAGACAACGAAAAUGAGGACGGGUCGAGCGCCAUCGAAGAAGCUCAACGGGCUUUCAAAGCGGCUCUAACAUUCCCUCCUUCUCAAUCGAUGGACGAGCGUAAAUCCAUUCUCCCUGUGGGGAAGGGGAAGGGUUAUAGAAGGACAGAUAAGAUCAACUAUGAAUUCGGGGACUACGAUCUUGCGUUCGCGAGUUUUGAACUCCUGUAG